CAGAAAGUUCUGAAAUAUUCUGACAGUUGGUAGCGAAACAAAGACAAUCGAGUAUACGCAAUCUGUGGCUAUUAUUAUUGUCAUCUUUUUCUGCUGCCGGGUGCAUACAUUAUUAUGAAAAUUUAGCACAAAUAACUCUAAAUCAUGAUAAAAAUAGCAGCAUUAAACGACGAGUCUGAGGAAGAAAGUGGAUCAGAAGAAGAGGUCACAAAAGAGGCUCUAGAACAAAUAGCGUUGCAACAAUAUGCAAAGGCUCUGGAAUUACAACGAAAAGGCAAUUUGAAGGACGCUACCCAACUACUCAAGGACCUUCUGGACACGGAGCUACUUUAUGAUAUUAAGAAACCAGCGCAAGGUGAGAAAAUAUCAGGUCCUUUGCUUAAUUUAAAGUAUUUAUGUUAUAAAAAUCUUGCAUCAAUCUUGAGUAGUUCGGAUGUAGACGCCGCCAUAGAUUGUUAUUGUGCGGCCUCAGAACUUGACGAUACAGACGUUACAUUAUGGCACCGUCUUGGGCAACUGUGUAUGCGCGGGAAGCGGUACGAAAUGGCCCUGCAUGCCUUCCAACGCGGUGCCGACCGCAACCCGCGCCACUGGCCGUGUCUCGACAAAAUUGUCACUCUACUGAUGGGACUAGACUUUCAUGAAGAAUGUAUAUCAGCUAUUUAUGAUACCCUACAACUGGACCCAGGAUAUCUCAGAGGUUUAGCCUACAGAAAACAUAUAUACACUACCUACCCUUACAUAAAAGAUUUUAUGGAAUAUCUAAACCCUAUGUACAAAUGGAAUGAAAAAGAUGAUGACCCGAUAGAUGAUGAUGAAGCGAAAAGACUAUUAAAAGAAGCAGAGGAGAUACAUGAGGAAUUUUUACAGCAACAAAGAAAACAGAAGCACAAGUUUGUAUUACCCCACUUAAAAUUGCAAAAGCCAAUCAAUAAUUUAACAUGGAAAUCAGUUGGGGAGUCUCUGAUACAUAUGCACCAAUAUAUCUCAGACAACUUUUACAGUCAUGCCUGUUUCAUAGAUGUUAUAUUUGAAAAGGAAGACAAACAGGAACCUAUGGAGGUAUGUGAGGAGCCAAAGAAAGAUGAAGCUCCUGAGAAAGCCGAGGAAAAUGCAGAAAGUGAUAAAAAUAAUGAGAUUGUGUCUGAGAAUGAUAAUGAAAUGUCAGAUAAAGACAAGGCUGCCACUGAUACAGAGAAAGUUGAGAGUGACAUAGAGACUGCUGUUAUAGAUCUACCUGCUGAGGCACAACCUGAAGCUAAAACUCAGAAGAAACAGCCCGUGAGAAGAAGAGGAAGUGCUCUUAGCUUCCUGCAACAAUGGGAGUGGUGUACCAAACGUCGCUCUGGCAGAAAGAAGACAACCAACAAAGCAGACAAACUCAGUGAUAAUAUCUAUGAUACUUUAAGAAGAAUGGUGCCACCCUGCCUGACUUCUGACAAUACUGAGAAAAAAGAAACAAGGGGGCCUUCUCCAGAUGUUACAGAUCUAGACAAGCUAUUUGAUGAAAAAGAUCAGCCUGAGAAAAAAAACAGUCAAUAUUUUGGCACUGACAUUGAAAAUAAUGAUGUGCAACAAUUCAUUGACAAGUAUAUGGAGAAUAAGAAAGAUAUAAUUGAUAUUUUAAAUGACUUUUUACAGAUUUUAGCAGGAAAAUGGAAAGUAAAAUGGCCUGAAGGUCUUUCAACUAUAUUUAUUGAAUGUAAUAAAUGCUACAACAAUCAUAUUGAUGUGCCAGCUUGUACUGGAGAUAACCAUGAUGACUUGAGACACUAUACUGCAGUUAAUGUCUUGGUUGAAGAAUUACUAGUCAAUGAAAAGUUGAAUAUAAAUGACAGUAAAGACACGCAUGCUCUAGAUGUGGCUGAGUCUAUUGGCAUGAUUCUUACUAUGAAUCCACAUAUUUUUUCAGGCAUUGAUUGUCUGGAAUACAUGUUGCGGUAUCUUUGGGUCAAAGUGCAUAUUAAUUUAUUGAAUAAAAGUGAUGAAUUAGCUUUGGAUUCGUUGUAUCAACUAUCUUUUGAAUUUGAAGCAAUGGGGGAAAGCAGUGUGAAGUAUAGUCUGCAAAUUAUUAACUUUACCUUUAAACCAAUUAUAAACAAUGAUGAAAUAGCAGAAUAUAUAAAAUUCUUAGAAAGAAAUAAAAAACUAUCAACAGUUAUGGAGUUAUAUGACCAAGGUCAUUAUGAAGAAGUGUUGUCGAUUAUCAUAGAUUCAUUUGAACAUUGUAAGACUAUAGCUCGAAAACAAGAAGAAGAGAUGUCUUUAGAUUUUGCCGUGCAGCUAUCUCUUAUUUUGGACACAUACUGGGCACUAGAAAAAGUAAAUGAAUGCUUUAAAUGGUCAUUAACAUGCUUACAUGAGGCCUUAAAACACUAUUUUCGGUAUACGUCCGGUUCAGAAGAUUAUAAUAAGUGGACCCUUGCUGUUGUCAAAAUACUCUGUUGUAUAGAGCACAUCCUGACUACAGAAGGUUUGGUCUGUUUAGAUACAGUCAGUCAGAAAGAGAUAGGUCAAGGAUUGGAAGACCUUAUCAGAAUAAUUGGGCAUCAGGUUGAAACCAAUGCAACAGAGAUGCCUUUUGGAACAAUCAUACCUUGGAUUUUACUGCACUAUAUUUUACAAAGAGAAGAAGAUCAGGGACGAGUAGCAGUGCCCAAUGAUGGUGAUAAAAAUGAUGAUGAUGUUCCAAAUCCUUUAAUGGUAUUAUUUAUUGGACAUCAACAACUUGGCGACAGAGGCUGGUGCUGCAGUUCUGAUGGGAAACUGCUGUACUUUAUUUUAGAUACAGUAGUACCGCGAAUACGAUCACCAGCUUUAGCAAAGUCAGCAGAACAAUUAUUGCAAUACAUGGAACAAUGCGUCUUUUGCUUAUUCGGCCAUCCAAGUAGAAAGAGUAAGAUUAAAUAUUUGGCAGACCAUAACGUAACUCCACAUUCAUUAGAUUGGCAUAGAGCUCAACAGCUUUACGAAAUAUUUAGGCCACCCACACUUCCCGAACUCGAGGGUAAGGUUUCGGCCAUAACAGCUGACACAGAGCAACUCUUCCAUCGCAUUUUGGCACUGCUGCCUUCCGAAUGCGACCCGCAUAAGUAUGUCCCCGACAUCGAAAAAUACAUAAAAGGUGUUGAAACUAAACUGCCAACAGUACCCACACUUCUACCGUACAAGAUGAAAGAUAUUUACUUUUUAUUGGGCGACCAUUACUUUAAAAGAGAAGAAGCUAAAAUGGCAGUUAAGUUCAACAUACUCGACGUUAUCGUCAAUAACGACCGUUUGGAGUCUUGGGCGCAAAUUGCUCUGGCAAAAGCCAUGAACUUGGAAAGGCUAUUAAACUCCUGUAAGAAUCUGAAUAAUGAAAAGGAGUUUUUGAAUCCAGCGCGGUCGACGAUAAGAUGCUUCAAGCGUUCUUUGCAGUUAGACCCCGAACAUUGCAACUUGUGGAUUGAAUACGGAAUGUUCGUAUACAUCAUCCAUUCAUUUUGUUCUCGUGCUUUGAAACAAGCCAGCGAGUCUCUGAGCAUGGAUGAUUUUGCGUCUCUUGAAAAGCAAAAAGAAGACAUGUUGGAUACUACGCAAAAAUGUUUUACUACUGUAGAUGAUCUUAAUAAUGGCACUAACGAUGAUAAAUCGGAUGAGGAUUCAUGGCUUUACUUUUAUAUGUUGGGUAAAGUAGCCGAAAAACGGAACAAACCACCGGCUGUCUAUUUAGAUUAUUAUUCGAAAGCGGUAACAAUGCUACAAAAGACAGAUGCUAUAUACCCUCUGAAAAUCAGCUAUAAUGCGCCCGUUCAUCUCUGCAUUGAAGUUUUAGAAUUGCACUAUAGAAUACACGCCUCAAUUUUAAAAUAUAUAGAACAACACGAAAACAAACCCAUUCCGUCGUCAGUUGGAAAAGUAUUUCAGGCAUGUAUAGACGAAUGGAGGAAGGGACCGUUCUCUAGAAAAUCUGCAAAGGAUCGAGAGGAUGCAGCUAAAGAAUCGGAAAAAGCUGAAGCAAAACAAAACGAACAGGUACAUGCGGCUAAUAUACUUAAACGUUCUGUGAGUGACGCGGGUGAAGAAGAUAACCUGGAAGCAAAACGGCUUAAGUUAGAGGCUGCAGCGGCAAAAGUUAGACGUUCUGCUUCUUAUGACACUGAACGACUUAAUGCUAGUAAAGAACUUACCUCAACUCAAAAUGCUGAACCAACAUCGAAUGUAGCGACUGAAACCACAAAAACUCUUGAAGAAGAUGUGCAAACGACAGAGAAAAAAGAUGAAACGGUGAAUAUAACUUCAGAAAAGGAAACGGUAUCCGAGGUUCAGAAACCGCAAGACAAAUCCGAAGUACCACCAGCAGUAGAACAUACAGAAGUAGAAAAAGAAAAAGUAGACCCAGACAAAAAGGAAGAAACUAGUAGUUCAUCAUCUUCGUCGUCUGAUUCCAGCUCAAGUGACUCGACGUCAGAUAGCAGUAGUAGUAAUUCGAGUAGAGAUAGUGAAUCAUCCAGUAAAUCUGCCAAUGAGUCCAAGCCGCUAACAGAAGAAGAAACUAUGAAAAUAAUUAAUGCAUGUUUAUAUGCGCUAGAAGACUGCGCGAGCAGAUUUCCUCCUCACUAUAAAGCAAUUUACCGAUUGGCGCAUUAUCAUUUCUAUUUCAGGAAGGGGAAAAAUAUUGAGAGAUGUCGAGACCUAAUGCUAUCUAAUUUUACUUCGAGCUUUGGUUUAUCGAUCGGAGGGCUGUUUAGUGAGAGGAGAAUGACGAAUUUCUUCAACAAUAUUUGGAAGAUUCCAGUCAUGGAAGUUGAGAGAGCUGGAGGUUUCGCGUUCCAUAUGAACCGGUGUGUCCUGCUCACGAUGGAAAUAUUAAAAGAGAUAGACGACCAUAAAACAUUACUUGACUUGAGCUUGCAACUACAGAGGAUCCCUGAACCGGACAAAAGGUACUUGCGUGAUGGAGAUAGGGAGGAACUAGCACAGCAAGCGUUCUCUCUGUCAGUACAAUCUCUGAAAGGACAAGUGUUCAAGUUCAGUCAGCAGCCAGACUUGAAGAGCAACGACAUCGAACAGCAGGCGCUGAAAAGCCUCAUGCUCGACAUUUACAGAUCUUACCAAAGAACGCAGAAACAGUCAAAUUCUAAGCAGUUCGUCAAUUUAAUAAUUGACGCUUACAAACUUAUCACUACAAUUCCUAUUACAGAAAACACUAAUCUCGUAGACGUCAGUCUUAAAUAUUGCCAAUCUAUCGCUCGUUCGUCGUUGAAACAGUUGAACAACCUUGAUAAUUUAGAGAAAACUCAAAACGCACAGAAGAAGCAAGCAGCCAAGAUGGCAGCUGCUGCCGAAACUUCAAAGGCGAAAGAAGCGACUAAUCAAAGUAAAUCGGAGCCAAAAGUUACUACGUCUGUGUCCAUGCCGCUACCAGCAGCGGGAGCCGGGCUUCCGAAGAUGUCACAACACGAGAUGGCAGCAGCUUUCCAAAAUUAUUUGCCCAUGUUAAACGAUCCAAUGCUCUCCCAACAAACUGCGGCUGCGCUAUCCCUCUCUUACCUAAGCAACGCCUUAGCGGGCUACACUUCCCUGCAAAACACUUUACAGAACUCGCUCCAAAAUUCGCUGCAGAAUUCCUUCCAAGCAGAAUUCUACCGGCAAUUCCUCGGACAGAGCUUCUCCCCGUACAACGUUCCACCGCCCGCUAAGAAACAAAAACGUGGCCCGAAACCGAAACCUAAUCCCUUAAGUAAUCCUUUGAAGACUUCAAAAUCUUUUAGUGGCACUGGCACGACUUCGUUAUCCAAAUCAGUCAGUACGAAUACAACUAGCAGUAUUCAGAAACCUGUCAGCAGCUUGCAAAAGCCUUUACCAAGUAAUUUGCCAAAAACAUUAAGUAGUCUACAGAAGUCUACAUCAGCUCCUUUAGCUCCAAGCAUGGGGACAGUAUUGGCCAGUCUUCCGGCAUCAAUGACUGCUGGAUUAAGCAACUACAAUCCUCCCCCUAUUUCCUCUCACUCUGUACCCACACAAGCGCACAUGUCUACGGCAUCCACUGUAAAUACGGCGAUUCACACUAAGCCACCACAGUCUCACCAGCAAGUCAGUCCAGGAAAAACUCUACAGGAGAAACUAGCGGAACGUCAGAAAAAUAUGCCCACAAUGAGUAAAUCUACCCAAAACGUCAGCUCCCAGGAAAUUAAUGCUUCAAUAAGUAGAUUACCGUCAUCUUUAACGAUUACUAAGACUGGCGUGCCAAAGCAGGCGCCACAGUCAGUUAUACAAGUCAAAAAACCAGAGGCUAAAAAGUCACUUUCAUUUAAUGACCCAGAAACUCGACCUAAACCUACUAUAUCCUCAGAUGAAGUUAUCGUGUUGGAUGAUGAUUAAGAUUGUGAUUAUUUUAUCAGUCUAAGUCCCUAAUUAAUUAUGUAUUUGUCUAAUGUAAUCCUAAGUACUGAUUUUAUAAAGGUAAAAUAAAGUA